CCCCCGGCCUCCUCCCCGCGCAGCUCAGUCGGGUGUCUGCACCGACCCGCGCUCCCACCCCGGCCGCCCGCUCGCUGAGCCUCGCCGCGUCCCCGCCGCCGCCAGCCCCGACGGGCAUGGACUCGGGUCGGGACUUCCUGAGCCUGCACGGGCUGCAGGAUGACCAGGACCUUCUGGCCCUUCUGAAAGGCAGCCAGCUUCUGAAGGUUAAGUCCAGCUCAUGGCGGAGAGAACGCUUCUACAAGCUGCAGGAGGACUGCAAGACCAUCUGGCAGGAAUCUCGCAAGGUCAUAAGGUCCCCGGAGUCCCAGCUGUUCUCCAUCGAGGACAUUCAGGAGGUACGGAUGGGGCAUCGCACAGAAGGCCUGGAGAAGUUUGCCCGUGACAUCCCCGACGACCGAUGCUUCUCCAUCGUCUUCAAGGACCAGCGCAACACGCUGGACCUCAUUGCCCCGUCUUCAGCUGAGGCUCAGCACUGGGUGCAGGGCCUGCGCAAGAUCAUCCAUCACUCGGGCUCCAUGGACCAGCGGCAGAAGCUGCAGCACUGGAUUCACUCCUGCCUACGAAAGGCUGACAAAAACAAGGACAACAAGAUGAACUUCAAGGAGCUGCAGGACUUCCUGAUGGAGCUCAACAUUCAGGUGGAUGACAGCUAUGCCAGGAAGAUCUUCAGGGAAUGUGACCAGUCGAAGACGGACUCACUGGAGGAUGAGGAGAUUGAGACCUUCUACAAGAUGCUGACCCAGCGGACAGAGAUCGACCAUGCCUUUGCCGAGGCUGCAGGAUCUGCAGAGACCCUGUCGGUGGAGAAGCUAGUGACCUUCCUGCAGCAUCAGCAGCGGGAGGAGGCGGCAGGGCCAGCCUUGGCCCUCUCCCUUAUUGAGCGCUAUGAGCCCAGUGAGACUGCCAAGUCCCAGCGGCAGAUGACUAAGGACGGCUUCCUCAUGUACUUGCUGUCGGCCGACGGCAGCGCCUUCAGCCUGGCACACCGCCGCGUCUACCAGGACAUGGAGCAGCCACUCAGCCACUACUUAGUGUCCUCAUCCCACAACACCUACCUCCUGGAAGACCAGCUCACAGGGCCCAGCAGCACAGAGGGCUACAUCCGGGCUCUGUGCAAAGGCUGCCGCUGCUUGGAGCUUGACUGCUGGGAUGGUCCCAACCAGGAACCCGUCAUCUACCACGGCUACACUUUUACCUCUAAGAUCCUUUUCUGUGACGCGCUCAGGGCCAUCCGGGACUAUGCCUUCAAGGCUUCCCCCUACCCAGUCAUCCUGUCCCUGGAGAACCACUGCGGCCUGGAGCAGCAGCAAGUGAUGGUACAGCACCUGAGGGCCAUCCUGGGCUCCAUGCUGCUGGACCAGCCGCUGGAUGGGGUGACCACAAGCCUGCCUUCGCCUGAGCAACUGAAGGGCAAGAUCCUGCUGAAAGGGAAGAAGAUUGGAGGGCUGCUGCCUGCUGGAGGGGAAAACGGGCCUGAAGCUACUGAUGUGUCUGAUGAGGAUGAGGCUGCUGAAAUGGAGGAUGAGGCUGUGUGGAACCAAGUGCAACAAAAGUCCGAGGAGGAUAAGCUAAAGCUCGUGCCGAUGCUCUCUGACUUGGUCAUUUACUGCAAGAGUGUCCACUUUGGUGGCUUCUCCGGUCCUGGCACCUCCGAGCAGGCAUUCUAUGAGAUGGUCUCCUUCUCUGAGAACCGUGCCCUCCGGCUGCUGCAAGAAUCAGGAAAUAGUUUUGUUCGCCAUAAUGUGGACCACCUGAGCAGGAUCUACCCAGCAGGGCGGAGAACGGACUCCUCCAACUACAGUCCUGUGGAGAUGUGGAAUGGGGGCUGCCAGAUUGUGGCCCUCAACUUCCAAACUCCUGGGCCAGAAAUGGAUGUAUACCUAGGCCGCUUCCAGGACAAUGGCGCCUGCGGAUACGUGCUGAAACCUGACUUCAUGCGAGACCUCAGCACCACCUUCAACGCACGUUCCCUGACUCAGGGGCCCUGGUGGGCUCCAAAGAGGCUCCGCGUCCGGAUCAUCUCUGGGCAGCAGCUGCCAAAAGUCAACAAGAAUAAGAACUCCAUCGUGGACCCCAAGGUGAUAGUGGAGGUCCACGGUGUGGGCCGGGAUGUGGCCAGCCAGCAGACAGCGGUUAUUACCAAUAAUGGUAUAGUGUGCUCCGGGCCUGGGUUGGGCCAGGCCGCCGAUGCCAGUGGCCUUGCUGUUGAUAUGGUGUCUGCCCUUGUAGGUUUCAACCCAUGGUGGGACACGGAGUUUGAGUUUGAGGUGGCCGUGCCCGAGCUCGCCCUCGUGCGCUUUGUGGUAGAGGAUUAUGAUGCCUCCUCUAGGAACGACUUUAUUGGCCAGAGCACCAUCCCCUGGAACAGCCUCAGGCAGGGGUACCGCCACGUCCACCUCUUGUCUAAGAACGGAGACCAGUAUCCAUCAGCCACCCUCUUUGUGAAGAUCUCCAUCCAGGACUAAGCCUGGGGAUCUGGUGAGGUCCACCCUGAGUGGGCCAGGCUGUGCCCACACCUCGGGCAAGGCUGGCGUUGUUGCACCGACCUCUGGCGCGGGUGGGGCUCAAGGCCCCAAACUGCCUUUGGCUCUAACACAUUGCCUGUGCUUCUGCCUCUCUGGGGGCCCAGGAGCAGUCCAGUCCCUGGAGUGGUCCAAAAUUCCGUUAGGAACGACACUGCAGCCCUCUCCCCGACCCUCCAGCUGCCUUUAGGUUGUGAGUUUUUAUUAAAAAAAAAAAAAAUCACAAGAUAAAA